GAGUGAGUGGAGCCCUCCGCCACGGACUCCGUGUGGGCGCGAGUGUGCAGGCCAUGCUGUUUGGCUCAUGUUGAACCUCGACUGUGGCCACGGCUAUUUUACACGGCCAUACUCGGGCCGCUUGUCCAACAACCCCCAUCGGCUCUUCCACGCGCCUGCACGACAAAGUCUCUGCACAUAGACUUUUGUCUUUCAUCCUGACUUCUCCUUCGACUUUCAUCCUCCAUUGCGUUUGUGUUCUGCUCUCAACCUAGUCCUCUUCCUUAUAGCCCAUUAUCUUUUAUCUUCCAAUGACAUCCACCCCCAACGACGCAGCCGCCUUCGAGGCCGCUAUCAUUCGUGCUUGCGCUGAACACGAGCGCUCUCAUUGGAGGGAGAAUGGCUACAGACGUUGCCUCGUCAUCGAUGGAUUCUUCGUUAAAUUCGACGAUUACGAGUCUCUGUACCCUGAAUUUGAGACGCAGACGUACGUCUUCCAGUGUGCAAAGAGCAACAUGAGUGCGCCACACGUUCCUGAGGUCAUUCAAUUCUUCCAUCGUGACCAUCAGAUGUCGUACAUGGUUAUGGAGAACCUCAAGUUUACUCCCACUCCAGUCCCGGACCUUCCCCAAAGGGCGGCACUGGCAAUCCAGUGGCUUCGUGAUCUUCCAACUCCUCCUCCCGACCGUGUCCGGAUUGGCCCUCUAGGAAGCGGUCACGCCCGCCAUAAGUUUUUCAAGGACUACAAUGCGCCUCUGUCUUUCUCAAGCAUCCAGGCUAUCGAGCGGUACUUGAAUAAAGCUAGUACGAAGGUUACGCCCAGGUCCGGGCCAGUAGCACACGUCAGCCUUUGCAAUGAGCGGCUGGUCUUUACGCAGUCCGACAUGGACGAGAGCAACUUCGGCGUCGAUGUCGAAGGGAGGACGUGCCUCUUUGACUUCGGAGCAGUAGGAUUACUGCCAGAAUCAUUCGCCAGCUAUACUAUGUCUUCGAGCGUCCAGUUCACCGCCGCCGUCGCGCAGCACUUGGGUUGGCCGUCCAGUCCCAAUCUACGUACGAUGGGUAGGAUCAGUACAUUUUUGUGGAUGUAUUUCGAUCCGACCUUGGGUCUGGACGAUAACGGCAAUCCCAGAUAGCGUAGUAAGUUUCGAUAUAUGUAUAGCCUUGCGAUCUCCAAGCUACAUGUAGUAAGCGAACCUCUCUGCUUGCUAUAGAAGUUGCACGAAUAACUAAUCUAGAACCAUGAUUCCUGGGGUUUGUUUUUUCCAAACGAGUAUAUUCUGCAACCGUUGUCCGAGUCCUCUGCCGUUGUCUUUCUCCUAAUAACUAACUGUCUUCUUCGCAUCCCGUUUAUUUGUGCAAAUCAUGCUCUCCUUCUCCUAAACAUGAUUUUUCAUGAAAUGCUGGCUCGUCUCUGCGAUUUGUUAGUCUCAGUUUUCGAGCUUUUCUUUGCCGCUAUUGAUGUGUCGUAAUAUGUAGUACCUCGAGCUUCUCAUUAUUGAUAGUAGCACUAGUACGACUGGCUUUCCCCUCUACUUAUCGAACUCCAUUUGGCUUGGGAGACGACGGACAUUUCCAUUAUUUAAUCUUGGACCUAGCUUGAACAUGAUGGUCGCC